AAUGCAAAGUCAUUCUACCGAUUAUUGGCGAAAGAAAGAACUGUCUUGCCAGACGAGAAUAUUAUUGGAACCCAAGCUGCACAAAUUUGCCUACCGCCCCGCGCUCCCGGCCCCGCCGCCACUGGGAAAGAACCCGUAAUCCAUUGUUGGUAGAGGUAACGAGUUUUGCUCGCCAUAAUGAAGGUCAUAUUGAAUUGGUGCAUCCAGCAGAAGAAAAUUGGUGGCCCUGGUGCAACUGUUGAAAUCGAUGAGGCGAAUUUUGGUAGGUGUAAGUACAGGCAGACCCGAGAGUCAGUAACCGGUACUCGUACCAAUACCAUAGAGAGGAGGCAGAGGGAACUCUGGGAGACGACUCCUAGAUACGGUUGUAGGAUGUAUAACUUCGUCGGGUACUUGGCUGUUGCAUAUUUUAAGCUUCACUUUCAAGACCCCAAGACCCGACUCCAUGCCUUCAUGAAAGCAGCUGCUACUUUGUACCCUCCCUCUUUAAGGAUUGUCCAUUGGGAACAUCGGUGUUUGUAUCCCCCUUACUUGCCAAUGAAAUGAAGACUCGUAUGUUCUCUGUUUAAGAUUGUCCAUUGAGAACAUCAGUGUUUGUAUCCCCCUCACUGGCCAACGAAAAGAAGACUCGUACAUUCACUGUUAAGAUUGUCCAUUGAGAACAUCUGUGUUUGUAUCCCCCUUAUUUGCCAACGAAAAGAAGAAUCGUACGUUCACUGUUUAAGGUA